AUGGAUCAUGUGGCACGAGAUCUCUCGAGUGAUAUAGAAGACUCCUCUGAAGCAUUUAUCGCAACUCUAUUACAUGGGAAACCAGAGCAUAAACACUUGGAUGUGUUGACCGAGCUUUUGACAAAAAGUUCCGAAAUCGAUGAGCGUGUUGCUUCAUCUAUCAGUGCCGCUUGGCACUGGAUAUGUCAGAAUGAUCUUUGGUCUACGAGGUACGAGAGCCUCAGAGACUACCGGAAGGCCAUCGGAUAUACGGAAAUUGUACGACCGAUUGUACAGCGACAUAAAAAAUCGGAGCUAGCGAAACGAUCCAGUACCCAAACAAUAUUCCGCAACUGGAAAGUUUCUUUUGACAACGCUCUUCCGAUAAAUACUCGUCCCUUGACUUGGAGCAAACAUUUGCUUUCAUUGAUAGCCUGUUUGAGCAAGUACCGGGGUCAUUCUGACUCACUCUCGCUUCUCGAAGACAGCAUGAAAAACAGACCGGAACGUGGACGCACUACGAAUCGACUCAUGGCAAGUGAUGUUCAACGAGCACUAGAGACUUUAGAGAUACCACGGACACGCUUGGCAACGCGGAGAUCAAGAAAAUCCCGAAUCUCAAGCUCAGCGCAAAACAAAGGCACCGACAUUUGCACUGAGGUUAAAUCUUCGCCUUCCACCACCCAUUCAGGAGAGUUAUCCCUCCCAGACACGCCGUCUCAGGGGGUGUUCUCGUUGGGAGUCUCGCCUACACAAGGGCCACGAACCAACAAAGACCCAAAUGAGUGGCAGACUUGUGGAUGUACUCCUAUAUGCUUACCAUUGAUCGCCCUAAUCUCUACCCCUCAAGCGCGGUUCGAUAAGAAGCUUCUGACGGCCUUGGUGGACUGGGCAUACACAGUGUCGUGGGGUAGCUUUUGCUCCGAGCACCUGAUGCGCCUUACCCAGUUCAUUACCGGAGAGGAUCCGCGUGGUAGGACUAGAGCUGAAGCAAUUCAGAAUUUGGAGGCAUUCUGUUCGCGUGGAUGCUACAGUUCCAUAAUAAUAGGCGAUCAUUCUUUUAGCUCUACUCCCGCCCUUUGUUCGAAUACGGAACUGCUCUGUCGUUAUACUGGGUCUGCUGAUGCAUGGUGGCGUUGGCAAAGGGAUGGAUUUCUCCAUAUCCCCGGCUUCUUUUCCUACAAGGAAGAGUUCGGUGUGUUCAAACGGGUCCGACGGUACCUCAGCAGAAGCGGUACUAAAGAAGAUACAAAUUCGAGACUCAGCCAAAAGGCGAUCCAAAGAUGCUACAGGAUGCUAUCUCAAAUGGUACAACGAGAUCCGGCGUAUUAUGCCGUUCUUGUCGCAUGCAGACCGGACCAAAAUUGGAAACUCAUCCAUCGCCCAGGCCAGUAUCAACCGAACACUGUUUUCCAAAGUGACGAUGUAAGGUUUGGUGUCCCCAUCGACCGUAUUAAGUCACUUGUCCAAGGAGAAGUGGCAAGCGACAUCCAGAGUACUGUCAUCUUCCCGAUCUGUGAGACUGCCCAAAAGAUCCGACUGGUCCCAGGGUUUCAUCGCCAAUUGAAUUCAUGGCUUCAAAGUUCAUUGGAACUGAAGUAUGGAAGUGAAUACAAAGUAUUUGGUGAAGCCCAGGAGAUUGUGGUACAGCCGGGGGAUUUAGUUAUUUGUCUUCCGCAAAUUCUCCGAUGGCCAGCGACCUUUUCCGCCUCAAACCUUUUCAACCUGUCACAAAUUGGACUGGAUGACACAUUCACCCCAGCUCCUGAAGAGCCCAGUGAGGGUUACGAUACAGAUAGUUCCAACAAGGCCUGGGAGCAACCAGAACCGCAGUCUCACUAUGCCGAAAGAACAGCGCACGAAUAUCAUAUGGCAAAAGCGGGCCUGAUCGAGGACAGCUGGUGUAGUGCCUCCAGUGCCAUAGGCCAAGCAAUGGCAGGUUAUCUGAAUUGGGGUAGCGACAGAGUGAGCGAAGAAAUGAACUGCAUUCUUGGUUCCAAUGGAGCAACAGCAGUCGAAUUUGUCGCGAAGUCACGAGCGCAGUUGGCAAGGCAAUUCCACAACCUCUGUGAUUCAAUUCAGCGAGACUCAAAGAUGGACUCUGAUUGCGGAAUGGGCAUGUGUAAGGAGCGACACGAGGCACCAAAAUCUUUCCAAGGUCACCUCGAGACCCUGGAGUCUUUCAUCGAUCCUUUAACGUCAAUCUCACCUACAUGGAACAAUCCUUCCCUGGAUGAUAUGGUAGCAGACUUGGACCGUACCUGU